CCUCAUUCCGAUCUCAGCACAAACACACACACACAGAGUGAGUCUGAGCGAGCAAUCGGCGAGUCACGACUCAGCCAUGGUGGGCCCACAGUACGAUUUUCUCGCCAACCCAUUGGGCGCCGUCAGAUCCACCUUCGACGCCGCCGUGGCCUCCGCCUCCGACCCCGCCUCCUUCGACGGCCGCGACUGGGGCGCCCUCCCCCUCUUCCGCCAAUUCCUCUUCGACCACUCUAAUCUCUCUCAGGUUCCCCUUCUCACCCCCGCCACUAUCCGAUGGAUCAAGCCCAACACCCUCGUUCGGUUCCGCGGAAUGAUACAAGACAUGCUCGGGAACGAAUUCUACGUCGGCGCUUACAAGGAUGGAUCGGUGUGGAGGACGAACAAGUUUAUGGAUGUUUCUCAGUUUCCGAUGAGUUCUUCGGCGGAUAUGCGAAUCUGGGAACGCCAACUGCUUUAUUGUGUUCCAGUUCCGGGACUGAAUCCGUGGACUCAAGUUUCAGCUGAAGAAUUUGAUAAUCUAUCCAUGGAUUGGACAUCGGAGAAUAGAGAAAAGCGGAGGAGGGAAGAUGACGAGUCUUCUGAUAUGCCUGUAUCAGGUGACGAGGAUCAGAUUUCUCCAAAUUCUAAAAGAAUGAGAGAAGGCGAACACUCUUCCCAUGCUUCUCAUUCCCAGGGAUCUGCAACUGAGAUUGCUAGCUCUGGUACUAGUGCAGUAUCUGGUCUUGAUAACAAUUCACAUCCCUGUCUUGUGAAGAUAUAUGAUUCUCCACAGUGUGAAUUGAAACUGAAUGACAUUUUUGAGUUUGUGGGUAUCCUUACAUCUGAUUCAGAGCUUCAGGAGGACAAUGAAGAUUCUUAUUUAUCAAAUGGAUUUUCUGAAGAUCCUUUGCACCAUUUCCCACCUAAGAAGGUGCCACGCCUUCAUUGUUUUAUUCACAGGAAACUAGAGGUUCAGGACUUCCUUCAGAAUAACCUUAUUCUAGAGCCAAAGCUCGACUUGGUCAAAGGAAUCAGGGAAGCAAUGCUAAGACAUCUCACUACUGUUCUGGGCAAUGAUGAUGUGGCUGCUCAUUUCAUGUUGCUACAUCUUCUAUCCAAGGUGCAUGCUAGAUCUGAUGAUAUUGCCGUGGGAAAAUUUUCAUUAAAUCUUACUUGUUUUAAGAAAGAAACCGUCUCUGUAUUUGGAGAACAACUAACCCUUACCCUGAAGAACCUCCUGCCAUUCACAUUUUACAUACCCCUUACAGUUGAAUACUUGAACACUGUUUCACUUGCACCAAAAAAGAAUUACGAUACUAACAGACUAGAAACUGGAGUCUUGCAACUAGCUGAAGGUUCACACUUGAUUGUUGAUGAGACUAAACUAGAAGCUGGAACUCUCAACUCUUUAGGGGUAGAGAAUGCAAGGCUGCUGAAAAUUUUAAUGGAGUUGCAAAAGGUGGAAUAUGAUUUCAAAUACUAUAAAAUGGACAUGGCAACUGAUGUCCAACUGCUAGUUUUGUCGGAGGGGAAAUCAAAUAUCUUGCCAGCUGAUGCAAUUGUACCUUUCGAGCCUUCUGCAUCCAAUUGCUCUGAAGCUGUGACUGCAGAAGCUUUGGAAGCUUGGAGGUGGUAUUUGGCCACUGUUAGACAUCUGUCACACACUAUUGAACCAGAAAUGCAGAAGGUGGUAGAAAAUGAUUUAGUUGGAGCAAGACAAGCAGACAGGAGCUUGAGUUCCCAAGAUUUAAGCAGAUUGGUAACAAUGGGGCGGCUUUUGUCAUUGAGCUAUGGUGAGACCAGUUUGUCACUAGAACAUUGGCAAAUGGUCAAGGAACUAGAGAGGCUGCGAAGAGAGAGGUUAAAAUGAAAAACAAAAUGGAAGAAAAAUACAAGUGGUUCCAAUUUGUACAAGGUUUUAAAUGAGUUUUGACGUCUUAAUUUAUGCAGUACAAUCAGGGAAAUGAAUGCAGUUAGAUGGAUUCAAAGUGUCUGGCUUAUGAUUUGCAUACUUCGCAGCAUUAUUAAACAGACUGAGGGUUCCGUAAAUUCUGCAUAAAGUAAAAUCACGGAAUAUAAGGCCAUUUCAUU